UCUCCCAAUCUGUUGUUUCAAUUCCAACAUCUUUCCAAUGGUACUAACAUUAACAUGCUUUCCUUUUCCUUCCACCACCAAACUCAAGCUUGUGGCUGAAGCCGAUGCAUUCCCUUCAUUCCUUCCCAAUGAAGUCAACAAAAUCAAUGACCCUUUUGCUCGAAGCCUCGCUACGCGGAUUCAGAGACUUCCCGUCUCUGUUAAGUUCUCUGAGAAUCCCAUCAUGAGUAGUUGUGUGAAGCCAUUGAUGCAGCAUAAUGCAAGCCCGGUUGUCCUUCUACAUGGUUUUGACAGCUCAUGUUUAGAAUGGAGAUACACAUAUCCAUUGCUUGAGGAAGCUGGUUUUGAGACAUGGGCCAUUGACAUUCUUGGCUGGGGUUUCUCGGAUUUAGGAAAACUUCCUUCAUGUGAUGUGGUAUCAAAGCGUGAUCACUUCUAUCAGUUUUGGAGGUCCUACAUCAAAAAGGAAAUGAUAUUGGUUGGUCCAAGUCUUGGUGCUGCAGUUGCCAUUGACUUUGCAGUCAAUUAUCCAGAAGCUGUGGAAAAACUUGUUUUGAUUGAUGCUAGUGUAUAUGCAGAAGGAACAGGAAACCUAGCAACUCUACCUAGAGUAAUAGCAUAUGCUGGGAUAUAUUUAUUGAAGAGCAUUCCAUUACGCUUAUAUGCAAACUAUUUGAGCUUCACAAACAUAUCUUUCAGUACCAGCCUUGAUUGGACUAAUGUGGGCCGCUUGCAUUGUUUGUUGCCUUGGUGGGAUGAUGCUACUGUUGAUUUUAUGACUAGCGGUGGUUAUAAUGUUGCCUCCCAGAUAAAAAAGGUAAAGCAGAAAACACUCAUCAUUUGGGGGGAGAAUGAUCGCAUAAUCAGCAAUAAACUUGCAGUGUGGAUUUGACAUCUAGGAUAUGCUAUUGCCUGCUAAUGCGAUGACGUGUGAAUUUUUACUCUUUCAGCGACUGCACUGUGAAUUACCUGAUGCCAUUAUACGCCAAAUACCCGAUUGUGGUCACCUUCCCCAUGUUGAAAGACCAGAUUCUGUUGUAAAAUUCAUUGUUGAAUUUGUUCAGAGCAAGACCAAGACAGAAAAUCGAUGUGUUUCCCCAGUAUGACAAGAAGCAUGCCAUGUCUAUGUUGUAGCUGUACGUAUGUCUAUGUUGUAGCUGUACGUGUGUGCGAUUCAAACUCUUCAAAUUAUUCUAACUGCAUAUAUAUAUAUAUAUUCUUUUAUUUUCUAGACUUUAUUCCAAUACAAAUUUAAAUAUCACAAAAAUAGAUUAGCCUUUUAUUAUUUCCAGAAUGGUUCAUGUUCAUUAAUUUAAGACAACAAUUCUCU